GAUACAUACGAUGACGUUUGGUAGGCUGCGAUACGGAUUAGGACGGCGAUAUUUGCUAUACAGUUUACCUGUAGCAACCCUACCAAUAGCAUAUCACACACUACCAAAACGGCAGUCUUCUCAGCGAAUAUACAAGCCAGACACAGCUACUCCAAUAAAGAGAUCUCCCUUAAAGAUAUACAUUUUAGAGCCAAUAUUGACACUCAGGCGGCUGAUAUGGCUCUGCGUCUUAUUCGUACCCGUGUUUGCGUCCUUACCCCUUCUAUGGAUAAACUCGACGUUAUGGUAUCGCAUCCUCACCAAACAAAUGUCCAAAGCUGGUCCAACGUUCAUUAAGCUCGGUCAAUGGGCUGCUUCUCGUACCGAUUUGUUUUCCCCAGACUUAUGUCAUAUACUAGGUCGACUACAUUCAGCUGCUCACCCACAUAGCAUCAGACACACGCGUAGAGUUCUGACGUCAACCUACUCGGAUGCAGAAUCGCUCGAUGAUAUCUUCGAAGAGUUCGAUGACAAGCCAAUCGGUUGCGGUGCAAUAGCGCAGGUUUACAAGGGAAAAUUACGCGAAGAGUUUAUACCGGACGACUGGAGAGUCGCGCACAGACAUGAAGAUGAUAGUUGGAUUGUCACUUUCAUUACGAACGUCUUGAACAACUACCAGAAUCAACAGGAUACCACGCAGGAACUAAUAACCUCGUCAAGACAUGUAGCUGUCAAAGUUAUACAUCCGCACGUUACGGAGUUAAUCGAACGCGAUUUGGCUAUAUUACAUUGUGGUGCUUCAGUUCUAUCGCUGUUUCCAGGCAUCAAAUGGCUCUCACUUCCUGAGGAAGUCGCUGUGUUUGGAGAACUCAUGCAGUCACAGCUAAAUCUGAGCGUUGAGGCGUCCAAUUUGGGCAGGUUUGAGGAUAACUUCAGAGAACGCAGAGGUGCAGCAAGCUUCCCAAAGCCUGUAUUUGCGCUAUCUGCAAAAGAUGUACUUGUUGAGGAGUUUGAAGACGCGCUCCCAUUGAAAACAUUCUUGAAGUUCGGUGGUGGUGGGUUUGAAGAACGCAUAGCAGGUUUAGGCUUAGAUGCAUUCUUGAAUAUGCUUCUAAUAGACAAUUUCGCUCAUGCUGAUCUCCACCCUGGUAACAUCUAUAUUAAGUUCUACAAGCCAACAUCAAUAGACCUCCUUAAGAAUGUAUUAUCGUCUCUGAUAUCGCGUCCACGAUCAACGACAGACUUGACGACGAAUGAAGCAUCUCAAGAAGUGAUGAACGCUCUUCUUCCAUUGGCCAAACAGAUCAACAAACACGGAGAUGACGAGGAGGCCGUGCAACAGUGGACUAUGAAACUUCGUCAACUGAAUGAGGACGGCUUCCAACCUGAGAUUGUAUUUUUAGACACUGGUUUAAUAACCGAGCUGGAUGACAAGAACCGCAACAAUUUCCUGGAGUUGUUCCAAGCUGUUUCGCAUUUUGACGGAUAUCGUGUCGGUCAACUCAUGAUUGAACGCUCGAGAUGUCCCGAGUUGGCUAAAGAUAAGGAGACUUUUGCAUUGAAAAUGCAACAUAUUGUUCUCGGUGUGAAAAGCAAGACUUUCUCAUUAGCUAAGAUACGCCUAUCGGAGGUCCUUUCGCAGGUCUUGUCGAGUGUGCGCGAUCACCAUGUUAAAAUGGAAGCUGAUUUCGUUAAUACUGUGCUGUCUAUAUUAUUGUUAGAGGGAAUUGGGCGUCAACUUGAUCCUAAUAUGGAUCUAUUCAAGGCUGCUAUACCUAUUCUCAGACAACUUGGCAAGAAGGUCGGUACAUCUGGCAGUUACGCACAAGUUGAUAAAGGAAACCUUGGUGCUAUGUUAAAGUUGUGGGUAUGGAUGGAAGCUCGUGAAUUCGUUUCGAGCGUCCACGAAAUGGAUGAUUGUAUACGCUAUGACUGGCUUAGUCCGAACAUUUGAUAUAAAUAUAUGCAUUUUUGUUAGGUAAUAACCAAAAUAUACUAUGAGAUAGUGCUCCUUAUCAAA